UCAUCAUAUAAUGCAAUCACAUCGCCGGUAUCAUUUGAUAAUCAUCAAAAUAUGAAUUCAAACCAUCAUUAUAAUCAUUGCAAUCGAAUUCCGAAUUCUUGUCCAACAAAUUCCCACAACAAUCAUCAUCAUCAUCAUCAUCAUCAGUACAAUCGACCAUUUAAAUCCACCACCCAAUCAUCUACAUCGUUAAAAUAUCAUAAUAAUAAUCAUUGUUUACAACAAUCAUCAUAUACAUUAAUAUCAUCAUCGGAUAAUAACAUUGAACAUCAUCGAUACAUCAAUAAAUUAUUUCCAUCAUAUGAUGUGAAACCUUCUUAUCAUUAUCACCAACAUUCAUCAACAAUGACAUCAUUAUUUUGGCGUUGGACAAUGACAUUUAUAAUGGCAUUUGUAUUAAGCCAUAAUGGAGGCAGGGCACUUUCCUUCCCAUACGACGAUACAGAAAUAAUCGGCACAUUAACCGGUGUUGCGGGUGGAAAGAUUGCUUUGCCAUGUAAUAUAUCGACAUCAACACCAAAAGAUUCGGUUUCAUUGAUACUUUGGUACAAAGAUGAAUCGACUACUCCUAUUUACAGUGUGGACGCCCGUAAAGGCGUUAGCCUUGAAGCUGCAAGACGUGUAACGGAUGAAAAUCUUGCAUCAAGAGCCUAUAUGAAUACUGGUACAAGUGGAUCAUCAUCACCAUAUGCACAUUUAAUGUUGGAAUUAUUAACACCCGAUGAUGCCGGUGAAUAUGCAUGCAGAGUUGAUUUUCGUAAAGAACGUACACGUAAUUCGGUGAUAUUUCUUAAAAUAAUUGUACCACCGGAAAAGCCUCAAAUUAUCGAUUCAAAUGGUGAAUCAUUGCCUUCAUUAAUUGGUCCAUAUACCGAAGGUGAUCAUCUAACAUUAAUUUGUGAAGUUGAAGGUGGAAAACCAACACCAUCAUUAACAUGGUGGCGUGAAUCCGUAUUGUUGGAUGAUACAUAUGAACAAGUUACGACACCCAAUAGCAAUACAUUGGUACGAAAUCAAUUGAUAAUACAAUCAUUACGGCGACAAGAUUUAAUGGCCGUAUUCACAUGUCAAGCAUCGAAUAAUAAUAUAUCAUUACCAUCCACUGCCACAGUAACUGUUGAUCUAAAUUUUCGUCCAUUAGUGGUAAAAAUUCUUGGUGAACGAAAACAAUCAUUAUCAGCAGAAAAAGUUUCCAUAAUUACAUGUGAAUCAAGUGGAUCAAGGCCACCGGCAACAAUUACAUGGUGGCUUGCUGGUACAACUCGUUUACGAAAUGCUCAAGAACAAAUAUCAGCUGAUGGAAAUAAAACCACUAGCCGUUUAUCAUUGACCGUUACGGUUGAUGAUAUUGGUAAAGAAAUUACCUGUCGUGCAGAGAAUCCACAUGUACAAUCAUCGGCAAUUGAAGAUACUAUACAAUUGGAAAUUAAUUAUGCACCACAAGUGACAUUAAAAUUGGGCAGUAAUCUAAGACAUUCACAUAUACAGGAAGGAAAUGAUGUCUAUUUUGAAUGUGUUAUUCGUGCAUCACCAUGGUCAUAUGAGGUACGAUGGCAUUUUGAAGGUCGUGAACUACAAACAAACACAAGUGCCGGUAUAAUUGUUAGCAAUCAAUCAUUAGUAUUGCAAAAAGUACGACGUCAACAACGUGGUAAAUAUACAUGUUCAGCAACUAAUUCUGAAGGUGAUGGUGAAAGUAAUGCCGUACAUCUUCGUAUACAAUUUGCACCAAUCUGUAAAGCUGGUCAAAAAAUAAUCUACGGUGCUGCUCGACAUGAAACUGUCAAUAUAAUUUGUGAAUUAGAAUCCGAUCCAUCUGAAGUGGAAUUUUUUUGGUCAUAUAAUGGAACUGGUUCUGAACCAAGACGUGAAACUGCGACAUUGAAAUAUGAAUCAAAUGGGCCACAAUCAAGUUUAGGACGUUAUACCCCACAUACUGAAUUUGAUUAUGGUACCAUUUAUUGUUGGGGACGUAAUUCAGUCGGUGUUCAAUCUAAACCAUGUGCAUAUUCAAUAGUUGCUGCUGGAUCACCGGAUCCAGUAAGAAAUUGUUCAGUAUUCAAUGUAACAGAAGAUUCGAUGCGUGUAGAUUGUGAUGAAGGUUAUGAUGGUGGAUUAGUACAACAUUUUCUAUUGGAAAUCUAUGAUACAACCGAAAGAAAUUCAGCAUUACGUGCCAAUGUAACAGCUUCAACGCCACAAUUUCAUUUAAAUAAUCUACAGCCAGCACAUACUUAUCUAUUUGUGAUAUAUGCGGCCAAUGCAAAAGGUCGUAGUAAAGGUAUUGCAUUGACGGCAUUCACAUUGGCCAUGCCUGAAUCAAUGAAUCGUCUUGCCAAAGGAAAUGUUUGGCAGCUCAAUUUUAAUCCAGUACUAGUCGUAUUGAUUGCCGUUGUCACCGGUAUCGUAUUGAUUGCAUUUUUUAUUGUUUUGAUCGUUCGAUGGAAAACGAUGAAACCAACAAAUGCAAGUGGUGCAAAUUGUGCAUCAUCAUCAUCAUCGAAUUUAAAUCAUCGAUAUCAUCAUCAUGUUUUUCGGUUGGUUUGGCUAAAAACUCGGAGUUGUAACAACCAAAAAUCAUUACAAUCAUUAUCGACCAAUAGUAAUGGUGGUAAUAAUGGUACAUCAUCAAUAAAUGGUUCGUCACAGACGACCAAUACAACGAUCAAUAGUACAACAUUAUCAUCAUCCGAUAUGUCUUCCAGCACAACAUCCAACAAUAAUAAUAACCACAACAACAAUAUUUUGGAAAUAGCCAAUGAAAUGACUACCAAAAAUGCCUUAUGUAAUGAAUUGGAUGAUAUUGUACUCAAUGGUGAUGAUGUUGAAAAAUUAACUAUACCAUUGAAUGGUCAUCCGCCAUCAUCAACAACACCUACAGGUGCAACAAUCAUGCGUAGCAAUAUCUAUUCAUCUGGGCCAUUAUCAUCAUCCAAUAACAAUACCGGUGCCAAUGGUAUGGUGGCUUCAAAUAAACAUGUUACAUGGCGUCCAGAUACGCCUCCAUCACCAACGCCAAAUAUUUAUACGCAAUAUACAAAUAUUGGCUAUAUGCCAAUCACUCCAAUGGAUUCCAUUGAUUCAUAUCAAUUAAUAGCCACUGGAGCAUCAUUACCACAUAAUUCAACUGGUAAUACAGUUGUUCCAAUGUCUUAUACAUUAGCUGCCGGUCUAAAUGGUGGUUGUUAUGAGACAACAUUUAUGGAUCAACAUCCAAAUCAUCAUAAUCAAUCUGUGCCUCAACAACAUUCAACAACACCAUACGGUGUUAUUGUUUCCGAUAGUGGUGGUGGUGGUGGUGCUAUCGGUGCCAUCACCGGUAAUAUAACGACAAACAUUCCAAUGCCACCAUCAUCAUCAUAUCUAUCACAACAUAAUCAAUUAUCAUCACAGAAUCCAUAUGGAAUACAUACAUCAUCAACAAUAAUGACAACAGCUACAACAACAACGCCUCAACAACAAUCUUGCCAAGUUUAUGGUACAAUACCAAGACGUGUACGUGUGAUACCUAAUAGUAAUAAUGGUGUUAAUAGUAUGGAUAUGGUUACUUCACAGCCAGGAAUUGUUCCAGGUAUUCCAGUAUCAUCAUCAAUAGCAUCAUCAAGUAGUGGUGCUAGUAUAGGGACAAACCAUAGCCAUACACCAUCAUCAUUACAACAUCCAAAUAUUGUUAAUGGUAGUCAAUAUCAAUUUCAUCAUCCACCAACAAUGACCAGCCAUAGUGCAAGUCAUAAUACAUUAACUAUUAGUCCACAACAAACGCCCACAUCAUCAACGACAACAAAUGAUCCAUCAUCAUCAUCAUCAAUGACACAAGUAUAAUUAUUAUAAUUCAAAUUUUAAUGAUGAUGAUGAUGAUGAUGAUAAUAAUUUCACUAUAAUCAACGAUAACUAAAACCCACGAGAAAUCGACCAUCAUAAUAUUAAAUGAAUCCAUUGCAAAAAAAAGCUCAAAUUCCGUGUAAUUAUCAUUUGACGAACAAAGAAUAAUUUUUCUAUCAAUUUCCAAAAUGGAUAGUAAAAAUAAACUUUGUAUUAAUUUUUUAACCUCUUUCUGGCCAAACAAACAAAAAAAUAGAAUAUUGUAAAUAAUGAAUGUAUCAUAUUGCCAUCGAUUUAAUUCAUUCAUCGUUCAUGAGUGGGUGUGUAUUUGUGUGUGUGUGCGACAGUUCAAUGAAUUUUCAGU